UGGCACGUUUGGAAGCACCUCCAAAGGAUGGAUAAGUUUGUGCAACGCCAACCGUCCCAAGCUUCUACCGGGGACUGCCCGGACGUAUCGCAACCGACGACUUCUGUCAGUUCAAAGACCAGCCAAGGGCCUUCUAUAGUAGCAGAAAAUGAUAAGACCACGCCUACGUCCAUGACGGACGCGCGUCUGCAGCGUGACCUCAACAGCCGCAGCGCUUUACUUCGAAUGCGUGCCAUUUACGCUCUCAAAAAUCCUACCAAAAACGCAUACACUGUAUUUGAUGUGCCACAUACCGAACAAGAUCUUAUCUUUGACGACGAAGGAGAAUCCUCCGAUUGAACCAAAACGGCACAGUGGGAUCUUCGGCCAACUCAGUUUAAUAGCUUCUAAACGAAAAGGGAUG